AUGGCAUCUAAUAAUAACAAUUCAUUGCCGAUACCAUCCACUUCUAUAAUGCUGAUGGAAGAAUUUCGUGGAUUAGAAAUAUAUGCUAGUUGUGCCAUAGCAAUAUAUUUUUACGAAUUAAUAUCAUGUAGCUUUAAAGUUGUCAAAUGGUAUAAAUCUAGAUUGUGGACUAUCCCAGAAGUGGUCUUGGAAUUUGAUGGGAUCGAUGUCAAUAAACAAGAUGGUAAUUGUUAUCUUUCGAAUGCGACCGUAGGAGCACAAUCGCUCUCAAUCGGAUUUGUCAUGUUAAUGAUUUAUUGUUGGGUGAUUUGGACUUCUGCCAUUUAUGCCAUGUAUUCUACAAGUAAUUCACCUAAUUUUGGUAAAUCAAGAUAUUGGCGUAGAAUCUUGUUCGACAACGGUCUAAUGUACAUAUCAUUAAUAGCAUUGUCACAAGCAAUGAAUGUAAUAAUUAUGUUUGAUGGAAAGAGUUACUUGGGAAAAUUUAUAAAUGUAACCCCAUUAUUAGUAUUAACUUCGAUUUGUGUACAAAAAUCAUUAGUUAAUACAAAGUCAUUUAAUGAUAGAGAAAGGACUCACUUACCUUUCUUUCGUCCAUUUUCCUCUACCAAUGUUAAGAACAUUAAUGAUAGGUCUAUCAAUAUCAAAAAUAUUGAUGAUGGGUCAACACAAUAUCAACAUCAUGAGUCUUUUACCACAUUUCAACCUUAUCCGCAAGAUCAAGUUAGAAUGCCAUCGCCAACUCUUUCUUCAUUUACUUCAUCAACAAAAGUGGAUUCCGUCCCUCCUUCAUUACCUCCAAUAAUAAUACACAAAAGUGCUAAAUACGAUACAUCUAAUUCAGGUUAUGAUGAGUAUAAUGAAAAACCUCAAUCUCCUGAUGGACAAAGAAUAACACAAGAUUUUGGUAGUUCAUUAAUGUUCUACUUAAAUGCUAUUACUCGUGAAUCGAAUCAACAUGGAAUAAAAUUACAAAAUAAUAAGGAUAGAAGGAGUAUAAUUAGUAGAUUAAGUAAUUUAAGUAUUAAUAGUUCUCAUCUUAGCUUAAUUAACAAAGGAAGGAUUAGCCAACAAAGAUUUAGCAAAGAAACAAGAAAAAGUCAACAAAUUCCUAUUUUAGUUGACCCUAGCGAACUUUUUUAUUUUACUUAUAGUAAUGAUGAUGAUGAUGAAAUCUAUUUAUUCCCUGCCAUACCCGCCCCACUUGAAUUGCAACAACAGCAGCAACAACAGCAAGGAGAAGAAGAAGAAGAAGAAGGAAUGCCUUCUUUUUCUAAUAAUGAUAUAAGGAAUAGUAAUGAAUCAUUAACUUUUCCUAUCCAUUAUCCUUCUUUUGGAUUUUCCGCUACAAUUAUUGCGGAUGAUGAUGAUGAACAUAUUUUUGAUCAUAAAAAGGUCGUUAGAGCCAGUGAGGUUCAAGGAAAAUUUUUGAAAAAAUAUGAAGAUCGUGAAUCAUCACUUCAAGAUUGA